UCUCACUGCCGCAUCCAGUUUAGGGUUUUCAGUAGCCACCACACACUCUCUCCAAAAUUUCUCCUCUCUCUCUCUCUCUCUCUAGACUUCUUUCGCUCCCAAUCAAUCAAUCAAAAUCCUUUCUCAAUCUAAUUAGGGUUCCAUGGACUCCAUCAAUCUGUGAAGGGUUUCGUGGUUGCUUUUCGAAGUCGGUGAGUGUUUUUGGGCGGUGUCGGUUUUCGUCGGAGCUUUGAAGAAAUGGCAACCGCGAACCCUUUCGAUCUGUUGGGCGAUGACGACAACGAUGACGUAAGUCAACUCGCUGCUAAGGUGGUGGCUCCUGCCGCCGCCGCCCAGCCCAAGAAGGGUGCCCCGGCCCAAGCUGUUCAGCCGGCUAAGUCCGCCAAGCUCCCCUCCAAGCCUCUCCCUCCUGCUCAAGCUGUGAGGGAAGGUGGGCGUGGAGGUGGCCGUGGUGGCGGCCGAGGGUUUGGUGGUGAGGGCCGUGGAUAUGGUGAGGGCCGUGGGUAUGGUGGUCGUGGACGUGGUGGUGGAUAUAAUCGGGAUCGUGGCAGCGAUGAGAACACCAAUGGUUUCUCGGGUGGAGGGUACAGCAAACCCGAAGAGGGGGAUAGGGAUGUUUCUGAAAGGCGUGGUGGCUACGGGGCACCUCGUGGUUCCUUCCGUGGUGGACGCCGUGGUGGCUUUAGCAAUGGAGAGGAUGCAGAAGGGGAGCGUCCUCGGAGGACAUUUGACCGUCACAGUGGCACUGGACGUGGAGCUAACUUUAAACGUGAUGGAGCUGGUCGUGGGAAUUGGGGAACUCCCACUGAUGAAAUUGCUUCGGAGAUAGAGGCUGGCACUGAAGUUGAGAAGGAUGUUGGUGCUGAGAAGCAGUUGGGAGAGAAUGAGGCUGCUGAUGCCAGCAAGGAGAAUCCUGUGGAAGAGCCAGAAGAGAAGGAGCCUGAGGAAAAGGAGAUGACUCUGGAAGAGUAUGAGAAGGUUCUUGAAGAGAAGAGGAAGGCUCUGGCUGCACUUAAGACUGAGGAGAGAAAGGUUGACUUGGACAAAGAGUUGAAGUCUAUGCAGCAGCUCUCAAGCAAGAAGACAAAUGAUGAAAUUUUUAUCAAGCUGGGUUCUGAAAAGGAUAAACGCAAGGAAGCUGCUGAGAAGGAGGAGAGAGCCAAGAAGUCUGUUAGCAUAAAUGAAUUCCUGAAGCCUGCUGAAGGGGAGAACCAGAGGUUCUAUGGUGGUCGUAAUCGGGGCCGUGGAGGCCGUGGUUCAAGAGGCGGAAACAGUGGAGGACAUGGAGGUUACUCGAGCAAUGUGCAAGCACCGCCCAUUGCAGAUCCUGGCCACUUCCCAUCCCUUGGUGGCAAAUGAGAGCCCCGCUCAUCUCCUUCCAGCUCUUUUGUUAUUUGUCCAUUUGGGGAUUAAUGUGAUAUGAUUAGUGAGUGGCAGGCUAUCCACAGGAAUUAUUACUAUUUUUAUUUUUUUUUUAUCUUAAGAACUAUCUUUAUUAUCUGUGCUUUUUGAGUGUACAUUUUAUGUCAUGGACGAAUGGAUCAUGCAUCAGUUUUGAGUUGGAAUAGAGAAUCACUGCUUUUGAAAUCCA